CAAUAAUCCAAAAAAAUGGAAAAACAAAUGACUGAACUAGUGAUAAAUAAAUAAAUAAACAAUUCACCAACAAUCAUAACACAACACACAACCUCACUUUCUUACAGCUGGUUUUAGACCCGACGUAUACGUCCACCGAAAACAGACACUUUUAAUUAAAAUCAUUUGUAUUUUUAAUUCAUAGGUCUAAAAAAACAAUUAGAGCAUGAAUUAUAGAGAAAUAUGUUCAAAGUUUGACGUAUAAUAGGUUCAAAUACUAAGAAAUGCCCAGAACCCAAGAUAUACCCGUCUGAAAAUCACUCUUUUGAAUCCCCCAUAAGAAAUACAUUGCUGUCAAAUUUGUUGAAAUGUGUUUAGGAACCCAUUUUAAAUUUCGCGCCCGGUUUUUCCUAACCUAACUAAUAUGGUGAAUUAGACUGGCGGCUAAACAUAGGACUGCGAUCCAACGUUGCCAAAUUGAUUUCGAUGCUAGGCGCGUGCCCGCUCACUCCAUUAAACCAAGUUUGGCUGUCUCAGUCUGUCUUUUUCAUUGAUAUCUUUGGUGCAGCUCGCUUAUUGCUUGUAUUUUUGAUUUGUGUACGAUUUGUUUCCAAUUUUUUUUGAGAGCACGAAUACGAAUGAAUACUAUUUCAAAAUGGGUGUGCAUUGCUUUGAAUGCGAUAAAGUAUUUUCGACUCAAAGUAAUUAUAAUCGACAUCGAAGUGAAGUUCAUGGACUUGAUGAUAAAGUGAUCAUUGAAUAUGCCUGUGAAGUCACAAUGUUCAAAUGCGAAGAGUGUGGAAUAUCUUUUAAGAAAAAUGAAAAUUUACGUCAUCACUUAGUACAAAAACAUAAUUUAUUAAAUAUUGACCAUUGCGAAAAAUUGGCUUUCAAUUCUUACGAAGACUUUAAAAAUUGGCUUUCUACUGAGCAAAACACAAACAAUGUUGAAUUUGUAAGGCUAACUGGUGUUAAAAGAACCAGCAGCAAAGAAACCUGCAGGAUGUAUUGGAAUUGCAUAAGAUCUGGUAAUAUUUUAUUUUAUUUUUUAAUUUGUGCUGCGUACCUAUAGCUAUAUUAGAAUAGAACACGUACCUAAGUCUUAUAUCCGGAAAUCAGCAGAGAUAUCAAAAAUCUGGAAGCACAUCCUUUUAAAAUUGCCCCGUAUUUCCUAAACGCGUCAAGUUAGCCGUGAUUUGUCUUCGACUUUGAUAUUUCUUCAAAUAUAGAGCUCCAGAAUGUACCUACUCCCAAAUUUUUGAUAUCUCUGCUGAUUUCCAAUCUAGCCUAUUCCUAUUAAUACAUUGAAAAUGGUCCAGCUUGUUACAGCUUGUACAUUGUUGUGACCGGAUGAACAGGUUUUUCCGUCUUUAUUUGUCGGUGUUU